AUGUCCUUCUACGUCGCCCCCAGCCAGCAGCGCACUCUCCGCGCCUGCAUGGUGUGCUCGCUCGUUCAACUGCACAGCAAAUUCAUGCGCGAAGGCUGUCCCAACUGCGACAAUGUCCUCGGCCUCCGCGGCAACAACGACGCGAUCCAAGAAUGCACGUCGCAGGUCUUCGAGGGCCUGGUGACGCUCCGCGAUCCCACAACGAGCUGGGUGGCUAGGUGGCAGAGAUUGGAUAGUUAUGUGCCGGGGACGUAUGCGGUUAAGGUUACGGGAUCGGUGAGUACUCUCGCCCACCCAUACUGA